CAACGCUGGCAGUACAUACCAGCGCCGUGCGCGGUUACGAACGUGUGCAGUGUUCACGCGGUAAAUUGUCGAACUAAAAGUUUUUGAUCGAAUUUAAAAUUCGAAUACGACAAGUGUUGUGUCAGUGAUUAUUGUGCAAGUACUAUCUGUAUUUAAAAUUUAAAUCAGUGAUACGUAACGUAAAGAUCUACAAAGUCACAGAAGAUAAUAAAUAUCAGUAACCUACAAACUACUAAAAUCAAGAUUGGAUCAUGACAGAUUAGGAGUGACCACAGACGCAAAAUUAAAAAUGUUGCGGUUGCCGCGCAUUUGAAAAUGACAGGUCACUGACACAGAUUCAAAAUGGCGCACAAACUAAAGAAUAAUCACUACGUGGCUACCCACCGGUCUGGCGUUGAUUCUCCUUCGUCGGGUGGAUUUCCGCACAGAGCAUCGUCACGGGAUGAGAAUGACAGCCACCGGGCGCCUUCGGAGAGGACUUUAUCGGAAUAUACGGUAAUGGACGAACGCACGCGCUCGCCGUCUGAGCGUAAUGGUAGGAGACAUACCAAUGGAUCACCAAGAGCUGACUCUGCUUCAGAAGUUUACGUCACCAGUGCCGCUUACAGGCCACCUUCGGAGAUCAGUCGACAAUCUCGUGCGCCAAGGAGUGUAUAUUCAUAUCGAAGUGGUGUGGCGCCAUCUGUCGCGUCGACACAUCGCUCCAAAGUCUCCCGAAAAGCUGGGGUAAAAGUGGACGCUAUGGCCGCCCCAAACCCAUUUUGUCCCAACGUAAAGGGUAUGUGCUGUCUGAUGCUGCUUCUGAACCUGGGAUUGAUACUUGUCACACUGGGUUUCGUUAUUGUACUGCAGUUCUUUGAACCAUUGUUUGUUUGGAUCCUGGGUAUAAUCUUCCUUAUAUUUGGAUUCAUCACACUUGUGGGCAGUCUGAUAUAUUGCGUGGUGCUCUGCCGGGAGAACCCUUACCCGCAGUACCCUGACGACUUCUAUUGGACCCACCACUGGUCCAAGACCAUAGGGCCUUCGGAGAUUCACUACAGUGCGAGCGAGAAACCGUACAGACACGAUAGACAUAAUAAGUAUAACAGUAAAUACUCGGAUAGGGAAAGUGCUAAAUUUUCAGAUAGAGAGAGUAAGCUAAGUAGGUAUUAAGACAACUUUUUUGGGAGUACCCUCUUAUUCAUAAAAACUUGUCUACACUAUUUUAACAAUAUUCAGAGAGCCAAUGCUAUAUAUGGCUAAUAUAUACAAUGACAAGUUUAAUGCCUUUCUAUAGACUAAGACUUAUUUCUUAAAGUUUAAAUAAAUUUAGUACACCCAGAACGCUGUAUGCUACAAAACAUUUUUAUUAAUUAAACAAUACCCAACAUAUUUAAAAUGUCAUUUGAUUUUACGCUUGUGUGUAAGCUUUGUACUCUUUCUCUCUUAUUGUGAGAUGAUACCGUUGUCCUGUUUUGGCGUAUGAAUACGACAAUUUAAAGCAGAUUCACUUAAGUAAAAUUAAAAUAGUAUUAGAAUAAGUAUGAAUAAGGGGGUGAGACGAAAAUAGAACCCAGUCUUUUUCAAUUCGCCUUUCUGGCAUUAGAAACGUCAUUAAAAGCCCCGGUUCAAUGUUGACUUAGACCCCAAACCCACGCUGUUGCUGACCUGUGACGCUAUUGGGGUUUAGUGGAUUACAGAGUACCGGAGAUAAGUGUAUGAAAUUAGUUAAUGUGUGUACGAAGUUAUUUUUAAAAUACUUUUAAUAUCCUGCGAGAAUAAGUCAUAUAAAAAUAACGCCAAUUAUUCUAUUACAAUCUAUGCGCAAAUCGACAAGAUUGAAUGUAGGAAAGUCCAUAAUUUUAGUAGGAAGUAAAAUCUAGCUAUUGGUUCGUCAUGUUAAAUGCAGGGAUAUUUUGUAAGAUUUUAUGGAUUUACGCUGUUUUUUACAUUCUCAACUCGAGACUUCCAUAUUAUAAAUUUGAUACAUACAAUUUUUUAAAAUAUAUUUUCAUAAUGAAUAUUUUAUUUUGGAAUGUAAAAAAGCUUUACUGACUUAUGUACUAACGUAGUUAUAAGAUCGAACUUGCAAGAAUUUACUUUGCUAGAUAAUACUUUAGAUAGACGUGACCUAUUAAUUUUAUAUAACAAGGACACACCAAACUGUUUAUGAGGAUUUAAAAUAAAAAUCAAAUAAUCUAGCAUAUAGUUAAAUUGAAGGAAUGAUUUUGUCUUUGGUAUGUAUGGUAUUAAUACAGCAAUCGUCUUUAGUCUUCUAAAACCAGAUGUUUGACAAACGGAAAUCAUAGUUCGCGCCAAGUCUCAUAUCUGAAUCUAAGUCAUGUAAUAAAAGAUAUUAUUAUUUUUAAUAAGAUUAUUGUAUUUUUGUUUUGAAUUCUCGUGAAGCGUCUUAAAUACUGGACUUAGUACUUUGAUGUUUGCAUUCAUACGAAAUUGCUAGUACUGAACUAAUGAUUUAAGGAAAUUAUAAUUUUAUAAAAAUCAACUGUAGUUCCUCAAAUAAAACAAUUUAAAUACAGCCAAACAUUUAUGAAUACAAAAUUUGUCUUUUACUUAAUGCCAUUUACACAUUAGUAAAGUAAAUUCUAUCAUGAUUUAUCGUAAAUAUUAUUUUAAGAUUACGUACUUAAAAAUAAAAUGUAAAUAAUAAUACUAAGUAUAGAAUUGCCAUAUUAAUGUUAUUUAUAAGUGCAUUGGUGCUAAGUCUGUGACGUCAUGUUUAUGCGAAUAAAAUAUUUAUGUAAU